AUCUCAUUCUUAAAUCCCCAAAACAUCAGAACCUCAUGCCCAUGCGUGGCCCAAACACAAUGAUACCAUUGCAUUUCUUGAGUUAGUUCUUUCUUGCAAAACUCUCUUUCAGAAGUAAAACCCUAACUCCAUUUCCAACCACUUUUGUAUCAAUAAAUUAAUGUAUUUCCAAACCCAAGAAUGGUCGUUGAAAAAUCACAACAGCUUCUGAUGGCCAUAUCCAUGGAGGUCAAGCUCCAUCAGAAGGAAGACGGCCCGCGAGUUCUCAAGGUCCUAGAAGCUCUAAAACAAGCCUCCCACGAGCUACAGACCCACCCGAUUCCCCACUCAAACUCAUCCUCCGCCAUUAACGCCCUCCUCGAGCUCGAGACCGAGUCCGACAACAUCCUCUCCCGGGACCCACAACUAUCCGCCCUCUCCCAGCACCUCGCCACCCUCAAAACCCUCGUCGAGUCCCUCCGCCAGUCCAGCGGCCACCUCAGCAUCCGCUCCUUCCUUACUCGGUGCUGCUCGACUCACUGCCUCUCCAAACUCGCCCGGUCUAUCGAGUCCGAAAUUCAAGCUUGGAUCGACCGCGAGUGCUUACAUAGCUUGACGCGAGCUCUGGAAGAAGAUCCAAUUCGCGACGAGGACAAGUUGAUCAAACUACUGACUCGGUUCGAGGACCGAGUUGCGCAGGGGUUCAACCAUGAGUUGCAAGAUUUGAUCUUGAAGUCCAAAAUUGUCACCUCGCUCGAGUCUGUUCUGUGCGAGUCGACUUGGUCAUCGAAGCGAGUCAAAGAACACAUUGCUUUCGCCAUUGCAGCUCUGAUCAAGUUCAAUAAAGAUGUUUUCGUGGGUCAAGUUUUGAUUGGUCGGCCGACGAUCAGCUCUCUGAUAAAAAUCGCGUCUCCGAACGCGAUCAGAGUACUCUGCGCGCUCGUCAGGCUGAUCAAAUCGCCGCUCGUCGACGAGAUCGAGUUCAACGGAGAAAUACCCAAUAUCAUAAGCUUCCUGAAUUCCGAAGAUUUGGAAAUGCGAGUGAUGGCGAUGGUCUGCGUGUUCGAAAUCGGGUAUUUCGGGCGGAAGGAGGCUAUUGACGCGAUGCUACAGGAGGGGUUGAUUGAGAAGCUUGUGGAGUUGCAGAGGUCGGAGCACGGCGGUGAUUUGAUGAGGGAGAGCAGGGAGAAGGGGUUCUUGGAGAGCCACCCGUUUUCGAGCUGCGUGGCGAGGUUCACAGUGCAGUUAGAGGUGGGGGAGGGGCUGAGGCAGCGGGAGAGGAGGGCGUUUAAGCAGCAGAUAUUGGUGAGAGUAAGGGAGGCGUCUAUUUCCGACGCGGAGGCUGCCACCAUUUUUGCGGAGGUUUUGUGGGGAGCUUCGCCUUAAUUAAGGGGGUGAAAGAGAGGAUAAAUUUUUUAUUCUGACGGAACGGGUGUUACAUCACGUGUUUUUAUACAAGUGGGUGAGAAAUUUUAUUUUUUUACUUAUUAACUUUUUAAGAUAUAUAUCCUAUUAUUUGUAUAAUGACAUAAUUUGUAACACCUUGUAUGACGGUGAUAGUGAAAAAUCUCUCGAAAGGGAGAAGGUGAUAUGAUUGGCUUUGGUGUAAUUCAAGAGGGUACACAAAAAUUCAAUUUAUUUGUUUUA